AUGCCUCCUAAAACACCAAGUAAAGGUUCAAAAAUGAUUAGUAAACAAACAAAAGCUAGUGCUAGUAAAUCAAGUGCUACUGCUGAAAAGAAAGGCAACAAACGAAAACGUAAAGAAACAUAUUCAAUUUACAUUUAUAAAGUUUUGAAACAAGUUCAUCCCGAUACCGGUAUAUCGAGUAAAGCUAUGUCGAUUAUGAACAGUUUUGUUAAGGAUAUUUUCGAACGUAUUGCGAGUGAAGCUUCACGAUUAACACAAUAUAAUAAACGUCAAACAAUAUCAUCACGUGAAAUUCAAACAGCCGUUCGACUUUUGUUGCCUGGUGAACUUGCAAAACAUGCGGUAUCAGAAGGUACCAAAGCUGUAACGAAAUAUAGCACGCAGAAAUAG